AUGGCCGAGGUCAACGGCAUACCGGUAGCCCCCAGAGCCUCCCUCCGGUCAGCCACUACCGCCGAAGCGGCCCCCGCCGACACGCCCGGCCUCCUCCGAGCGCCUAUCGUAGCCUUCACCGCCGUGCCUAUCACCAAACUCUCCUGUGCCAACCCCACCUCCGGGUCCUCCUCUUCUUCCGACACCCACUCCUCCACUAGUGGCACCUCCUCCCAAGACUUGCCGCCACGCAUCCCCUCCCCCAGGGACGGCGCCGGCGUCAGCUCCCCGCCGCCCGCCAUAGGAUUCGCCGCCAGCCGCGUCGGCCGGAGGGAUUCAGAGAUCGAAUCACCUCCCCGGACGCCCUGCUCGACCAGACCGCUCGUGCCUCCUCCUUCCGGUGCCUUCGUCGCCUCCGCCGCGGUCGCCCACCUGCGAGACGCGACCAUCCUUCCUGCCGGGCUCGCCGCCGGGCGCUCCGGCGAGGCGGGUUCAAGAUUUGAAUCACCCCCCGCGUCGCCCGCUCCUCAUGUCCGACCUGGGAAUCUAUUCUUGGCCUGUACAAAAACGGGUUGGAGAGGGGUUGACCCUCUAAACUGCAUUUCGGGCGGGAGGGAAAUUUCCCAAUCCCACCCACCCGCCACCGCCGCCCGUCGCCCGCCCCGCCCCAGCGCACCGGCCGCCGCCGCCAUGGCCGCCUCCCCGCCCCGCCCGUGCCGCCCGUGGCCGCGCCGCCCGCCCCGCCGCCCGUCGCUCCCGCCCCGGCCCGCCGCCCGCCCCGGCCCGCCGCCCGCCCUCGGCCCGCCGCCCGCCCCGCCGCCCGUCGCUCCCGCCCCCCACCCCCGCACCGGCCGCCCACCCGCACGUCGCCCGCCGUGGUCGCUGCGACCCACGUCGGCGCGAAGCGGCGGCGUGCGGGGCAUCACCUCGUGCCGGCCGUCGCCCCCGCACCGGCCGUCGCUCCCGCCCCGCCCCCGCACCGGCCGCACCACCCGCACGUCCCCGGGCACGGACGAAGGUGUCCUCCGGUGGUCCUCGUGCUGCCAAGGCCAAGGCGGCUUCCUCCCCGGCGCCGAGGAAGGCCGUGGCCAGAGGAGGGCCCCGGCGGCGCCGUCGUGCAUUGUGAGCCUGUCCAUCUGA